AUGUCCACCCCACCCUUCACAAAACCCAAAACCCAGCUAACCUGGCUAAUAACCGGCUGCUCCUCCGGCCUCGGGCUCUCCCUCGCCCGCCUCGCCCUAUCCCAGGGGCACACCGUGAUCGCCACCUCCCGGAACCCUUCCUCAACCCCCCUCCUCGUCUCCGAAGUCGAGAACUACCCCCACCAUCACCAAAACAAGAGCAGGUGGAUCCAGCUCGACGUCGACGACAGGGCCAGCUCGGAUAUUGUCGAGAGGCUCGAGAAAGAAGACGGCAUCGAGAUCGACGUGCUCGUCAACAACGCGGGUUUCUCCGUGCUGGCGCCCGUCGAGACGGCGUCCGAGGACGAGGUGCGCGCGCACAUGGAGUCGAUGUACUUUGGGCCGCUGCGGCUGGUGCGCGCGGUGCUGCCGCACAUGCGCCGCCGCCGGUACGGGGUCGUUGUCAACUUCAGCAGCGGCGCGGCGCUCGACGGGAGGGAUGCGAUGGGCGCUUAUGCAGGGGCUAAGGCUGGAUUAGACGGUAUUACCCGCGUGCUAGCGAAGGAGGUGGCGCCGUUCAACAUCCGCGUCCUGACCGUCGUCCUGGGCGCGUUCAACACCAACAUGCCCAGCGCUACGGCCGUGGGAAAAGUGCCCCUUCCAGACGACUACCGGGGCUCGGCUUCGGAUAAGAUGAUCCAGUUUCUGACUGGCGGUAGCAUGCCCGGCCCGGCGUUCGUAAUGAGUGACAAGGACAAGGCCAUGAAGGUUGUUUAUGAGAUGGUGCUGGGAGAGGGGAUUGGAGCUGGACGGGAGGCCGAGCGCUUACUUCCCCUGGGAUCCGACAUGACGGCUCGGGUAAAAGGGGCACAGGAGUACCUUGGGCAUGCUUUGGGCGAGUUCAAGGAUGUUACGAAUAGUGUCGGCAUUGACAGGUGA